ACCCCACAGGAGCUCGCGCUACCGGAUACCUGCGAAUUCUCAAAUCGUUUCCCUUUACGGCACGCGGCGUCUAACUCCGGAUCGCGCGGGCUCAUGCGUGAGACACGGGACCGCGGUUGAAGAAACUACAGAAAAUCCCCCGGAAUAGAGCGCACCGUUAGUCAGGGGUCCCCCAUAAAUAAGACACCUAGCAGUUCUUGCUUGCCUGUUCUUAUAUUAUAAAGUCACAGUCCUCGCUGAAUACAGCGGCCGAGAAUCAAAGAAACCCGUUUUAUAACUUGGCGACUACGGGGUAACGGCGCUUACAGUGGAAUUACGCAGAUGCACGGUCUUCUGGAUGGAUGAUUUUGAUCAGCUCUCUUGUUUCCCCGCUUAUAUGAGUGAUGUCUGGGGAGCCAAUCUUGCCGUGAUGUACCUGGGUGCCGUGACCAAGUCUCAUCCCGUGUGACCGCUGCUAGCGGACCGAUUUGGAGGAGAGCUGACGGCUGGAGAAGGAGAAAAUGACAGCUCUUAUCCCUGUGCUGAUUCUACUCACUGGGGUCUCUGUCUCAUUGACUCUAAAGGUGGUAUCAAAAAGAGGCUCAGUGGAUGGCUGUACAGACUGGUCCGUGGACUACCUGAAGUAUCGAGUGCUGCAUGGGGAACCUGUGCGAAUCAAGUGUGCUCUGUUCUACGGCUACAUCCGGGCGAGCUACACGCAGGCACAGGCAGGCGGUCUCAGCCUCAUGUGGUACCGCAGCUCAGGCCAGGGCCACGGAGACUUCGAAGAGCCCAUCUCCUUUGACGGCUUGCGCACACUCAAAGAGGAGGACGCCAUCUGGUUCCGCCCGGCCGAGCUGCAGGACGGCGGUCUCUACUCCUGCGUACUGAGGAACUCGACGUUCUGCAUGAAGGUGUCCAUGUCUCUGCUGGUGGCUGAUAAUGACACAGCGGCCUGUUACAGCUCCAAACUGCGCUACAUGGAGAAGGCCGAGCUGGGCAAGAGCAAAACCAUCUCGUGCCCUGACAUCCAGGACUACGUCCAGCCUGGCCACACGCCACAGAUCACGUGGUACAAGGAGUGCAGUGUCUGGCAGUGGAGACCCGCUAUAGUGCAGUCUGCAGACACACUUUCUAUCCAGGAGGUGACAGAGGACGACACUGGCAGUUAUACCUGCGAGCUCCCCUUCGGAGGAUUCCUCGUGCGAAGGACUACUUACCUGAGCGUGACAGCUCCUAUGACUGAAGACCCUCCAAAGAUCCUGUUCCCUUCUGAAAAUAAACUUCUCACCUUGGACAUGAAGAUGGGAGCUGCAGUCAACCUGACGUGCCGCGCAUUCUUCGGUUACAGCGGCGAUGUCAGCCCACUUGUGUACUGGAUGAAGGGAGAGAAGUUCAUCGAGGACAUGGACCAAAGUCGCAUUAGAGAGAGUGACAUCAGGACCAUCAGAGAGCACCUGGGCGAGCAGGAAAUGUCCAUCACUUUGACAAUAGAUUCAUUAGAAGAAGGAGAUCUGGGUAAUUACUCAUGUUACGCAGAGAAUGGGAACGGAAGAAGACAGACCAGCAUACAGAUCAGCAAACGAGUGGAGCUGAUGUACACAGCGGAGCUGGCUGGAGGGCUGGGUGCCAUCUUUCUGCUGCUGCUUCUGCUGCUAUCCAUCUAUAAGUGCUACAGGAUUGAACUGCAGCUUUGCUAUAGGCAUCACUUCGGUGGAGAGGACACAGACGGAGAUCAUAAGGAGUAUGACGCGUACCUGUCCUACAGUAAAGUGGAGCUGGAUCAGUGGGGGCAGGAGUUGCAGGAGGAGGAGCACUUCGCUCUGGAGAUCCUCCCGGAUGUUCUGGAGAAGCACUAUGGCUACAAGCUCUUCAUUCCCGACAGGGACCUUAUCCCUACCAGCAGUCUCAGCAAUGAACAUUACCAGGAUGACACACAGCUUCUUAGAGCGUACAUUGAGGAUGUGACGCGCUGCGUGGAGAUGAGCAAACGUCUGAUCAUCGUGCUGACUCCAGGCUAUGUGCUGCGCCGCGGGUGGAGCAUCUUCGAGAUGGAGUCACGCCUGCGCAAUUCGCUGUUGUCGGGCGACACCAAGGUGGUGCUGAUCGAGUGCGGCGAGCUGCACGGCGUCAUCAACUACCAGGAGGUGGAGGAGCUGAAGCAGUCAAUCAAGUCUCUGAGCGUGGUGCGCUGGGCCGGGCCGCGUAGCAACGAGCCCGGCUCGCGCUUCUGGAAGCGCCUGCGCUACGCCAUGCCCUGUCACCGCCCUCCACCCGCCCUGGCCGGCCGGGCGGCCGACGGCGGCGAGCCGGUGCCCUUCGCUGACCUGCGCACGGCCUCGGCCAUGACGGCGGCGGCGGCGACGGCCCCGGCGCGGCCCGAGCUCCGGGCAGCACUGCGCAGCUCAUACCGGGCGCACUCGCUGGCGCGGCAGAAGCACGCACACUUCCGCAGCUACGAGUACGAGCUGCCGCUGGCCGCCGGGGCCUCGCUGCCACUGGAGUCACCGCCCGCUUACUGCAACCUGCCGCUGGCGCUGCUCAACGGCCAGAGGCCGACGGCCAAGGGUUCGCGCCAGCACAGCCUGGACGAGCCACACGGCAACAAUGCCAUGCUGCCGCUGCUACCCCGAGAGACCAGCAUCUCCAGUGUCAUCUGGUGAUGUGGCGCCGUGACCGGCCGACUCCC